AUGUUGUGUAACAAGGAGAGUGAUAUUGCUAUUCUGGUUCAUUGUUAUGCGGGUGAUUGCAACGGCAUCGUAAUCAACAAUGGUGACAGCAUCGGGGGUUGCAACGGGGGCGGGGGCAAUGGCAGCGCCUCCGACAGCGGCGAUCAGAUGGACGCUGAAGCUCGCGAAAGAGAACUAGCCCGACGCAAGGAGGAAGCCAAGAGAAGGAGGCGUAAGAAGAAGCGAACCGGAUCUUCAUUGGUGUCAUCAUGUUUUCAAGAUCUGUAUAAAUUGACCGGUGAAGUUCUGGGAGAAGGUGCUUACGCUAGCGUUCAGACUUGCGUGAGUCUGUUCACCGAUCAGGAAUUUGCUGUGAAAAUUAUCGACAAGGUACCAGGUCAUGCUAGAGCUAGAGUUUUUAGGGAAGUAGAGACGUUCCAUCAUUGCCAAGGCCACCCCAAUAUUAUUCAGUUAAUGGAGUUUUUCGAGGACGAAGAAAAGUUUUAUUUGGUUUUUGAAAAGAUUAACGGAGGUCAGCUCCUGCGAAGGAUCCAGGAGCACAAGUAUUUCAGCGAAGCCGCAGCGGCAGAGAUAGUGAGAGAAGUGGCCUCAGCCUUGCAGUUUAUGCACGCCAAAGGGAUUGCACACAGGGAUUUGAAACCUGAGAACAUUCUUUGUGUCCACAGGGACCAACUUUGUCCGGUCAAGAUCUGCGAUUUCGAUUUAGGAUCUGGCAUCCGCUUCCAAUCCAGCGUUUCCAGUCCUCUAGCGACACCUCAGUUAUUAACACCUGUGGGCAGUGCUGAAUUUAUGGCACCGGAAGUAGUAGAGGCAUUCAUCGGAGAAUCGGAAACCACAUCAUACGACAAGAGGUGCGAUUUAUGGUCUUUGGGCGUCAUCAUGUACAUUCUGCUGUGCGGAUACCCGCCGUUUUACGGAAAGUGUGGUAGAGACUGUGGCUGGGAGCGAGGCGAUAACUGCAACGCCUGCCAGGAACUUUUGUUCCAGAGCAUCCAGGAAGGACGAUAUGAUUUCCCGGAGCCAGAAUGGACGACCAUAUCGGAUGAAGCGAGGGACCUCAUCUCGUGUCUGCUGGUGAAGAACGCCAGCGAGCGCAUCAGCGCGGAAAAGGUGCUGCAGCACGCGUGGCUGCAGUGCGCAAGUGAUACGGCUGCGCUAACUACCCCAGCUGUUAUCAAGAAGAACAACUCCGCCUUGGAACUGUCCCAGUUCGCGGAGUCCGCAAUGGCUGUGAAUAGAGUGGUGCAACAACACUUCAGCAUGAAAUUGGACUACUUGGAGAGACCGAACGUGUAUCCUCCAAUGAAGACGUGCGCAUCGGCGAAAAUGUUCGGCCUGAGCCCGCCCAGCGAGAGCAACCUCAUGCGCAGGCGUAUCAAAGGCGGCUCUUGUCAGUUCCUCGUGCCAGCGCCCACACCCGCCAUACCCAGUCCAAGCGGUUGAUGUUGCCCAACUCGUCAAAAUGUUUUAAAAUUUUGAAAACUAAUUUUUUCUUUUUCGAUUUUUUUUGGCAUUUUUACAGAGAGUUGAUUCGGUUAUUUGUGUUGUGUUCUGUUUUAUGAUCAACAACACAACAAGUUACUGUUGUUUAUUUUGUAUUUUUCUAUUGUAAAGCUGGAUGGAUCGAAAUAUUGAGGCAUUACAAAUAUUCAUAACUGAUACACCCGAGUACCUUUAGAUUUCUCGCCAAAUCAUCAACUCGAUAUUCACCUAUCAAUAAUACAGUUAGUUCUCGAUAUUAAACAAAGUUCACGAAACAAAAUAGAUCUGCUAAUAUAAUUUUGACAAUGACAGUUCUCUUGUUACCAAUCAAAAGUCUCUCCGGCGAGAAUCUUAAUAAAAACAAAAGCAGCUCAAAAUAUUUCACACUUUUUAUUGACAAUAAUAAAUAGAUAUUAUUUAUUAAUAUUUUCCGAUAAAAAUUAGCAACUGCACCAACAUAAUCCUUAAGAAUUCGUUUAUUAAUUUUCAAAAUAAAAAGAUCCAUGUAUUCGUAGUUCUUGUGUUUGAAGUAAGCACUUUUUUUUCCUAGAAGUUCUAUUUUUCGUACUAUUUUUUUAUUAUUUAGUAUUACGGAUCAGUUUUUUCAUAUAUAUUUCUAAGCAAAACAACCACUUCAACUAAUUUAUAGGUUAAAAACAAUCUUUCUUGUUAGUUUUGUUUCAAUCGUGUCACUAAUAAUUUUUGCGGCACUUAACGUGUUAAAAGAAACCACGAAACGUGGAUGCGUGCCAAUAAAUCAAAAGGUUAUAGGAAAGUACAGAAGAGGAGGAAGGAAAAGUAUAAUUUAGCUACCAAAUAUUCCAAUAUGUGCUAACAUUUUCAGCAUCAAAACUGUUUGACUGAGCUCUUGUAGCAUGUAGUUAUCGCAAAUACUAAUUAGUAAGCUUUAGCUAAGGUUUACGGUAGUUUAGGAGGAAUAUAUUUGAUAUUGAAAGUUACUACUUAAGGCAGAACAUCAAGGACACUCUACAGACAGACAAUCAGCAAAACUCUAGCAACAGCAAUUGGUAAAUUGCAGAUGAUCUUCGUUUAUGUUAUCUUUUAUGAUAAAAAACGAAAGAACUCGAUAAUUUCAUGUAAUAAAUGUCAUAAGUCACUUGUGUCAUUUGUCACUUAUAAGUUGUCUGUCUGUUACAAGAGAUGUCGCUGCGGUAGCAAAAGUUACAAAACAAAACCAUUAAGUCUUCUAAAUGUUACAAAUAGGGGGGAUAUAAUGAAAAAUUUUUUUUUAUAUAAUGAGUAAAUUGUGGUUGAUACGAAUGUUCAAAUUUAAUUAUGUAGAAUACUGUUUAAAGCGCAAAAAACGUUUAACGAGAUCUUCUCUAGAGCCUCAUAGAUUAGAUCAGCUGAAUCUUCAUCAACAUCGUUCGUCUUUGCAGCGAAGAGUCGCGAUAAAUUUGUAAAUAUUUAGUAUUAAGAACAAAUAAGAAGUAUUUAAUAGAGAGCGAGGCUAGUAUAUGAGAUUCUGCUGUAGAUUAAGUUUUGCUUAAUAACUUUUUAGGUUAAGUAUAAAACAAUUGACAAGGUGGCAAUGCGUUCGGUUCAAAAAAUGGGAGGGUUUGGUAUUUAUUGUUCAAUGAAAUGCCUGAAACGUCGACACACAAAUAAAGAAGGUAUCUACUUUAUAUACCUGUAUUUUUUUCUACUUAAGUUUCCUUUUCGGCUAAAUUUCAUUAGAACAAACAUUUGGGCAAGUUUUCUCGAACGCAUUGUAUAGCUGCCCGCGAUAAAGGUUGUGAUAUGAAAGUACCCUUUAUCAAAAAAAGUAUUGCUAUCAGUUAGGCCAUGUUUUGAUGAUGCCUCAAUAUCCAUUGAUGGUUCAGCUGUGGCCUAGAUAUAUAUCGCUUGAUUUUUUAAUACUUUUGUAUGUGUUAAAAUGUAGAUUGAUACCAGUCUACGAUUUGUGAUAAUAAGUAAGCUCUGACGUGCGAUUAGAACGCACGAUAGACUGUAGACGCCGUACCUGCUUUCAUUUCAGUGAGAUACGGAACAUUUGAAUGAAAGGGGCUUAGAAAAAGCCCUUGGGACCCAAAUAAUACACCAAACAAUAGCAUAUGCCGAAAUAAGUAAUAACAUUUACAUACUCAUUUAAAAUGGAGACUUUGACUUCAUUUGUCACUUUAAAUAUGACAGAUGACAUAAGAGCAGUUAUUUUUAUGUCAAAUCGCUGACUUAUUGGUGAAAUAUGCUAUUAUUAGGUGGCUUAUGUGUGGUUCUUCUACGUACUGACAGUCCAUUUGUAUUUAAGAGUCCUAUAUAAGUUUGGAUAUUUUUUUAAGAUUUUGUAAUGCUCAAGGUUAGAAAUUUCCUUAUAUGAUUGGAAUGGUAUCCAAACCAGGGCGCGAUAACGCAAGUACCAAAUCGGUGCGUAAACAACAAAAAAACGCUCGUUGUACUAUAAAAACCAAUCCUCUUAACUUAAACCAUUAUAUCAUCAAUCCUACUUAAGUAAACCGCGUGUUUUGUUGUUUAUACCGACUUUAACAUUGUUAUCUUCACGUUUAAGGUAAACUACAAGAUAAAAAGCUUGAAACCAUCUUGAAAAGAUUUUUUUUUAACUUUAUUUUCUCAGUAAAAUUCAAGUUUACAAUAAACGUGAAGAAAAUAAUUGUAUCAUCCCAGUGCAUUGGUAUUUGUCACUUCCAACUCUCAGGGUUGCAAAUGUGCGGUGGUUCAAGUUGGACCAUCUCUGAGGAGUAAAUGUUUCUGAAAUGAAUGUGAUAUAAUAAUGUGUGAAUGAUUUCCUAAAAAAACGUAGAUUCCCCCUACAAGAUUGGAGUAUUGUUUUUUUCUAAGAUUACUAUAAGGCAUUUAUUAAUGUACUUUCACAGUACCAUCUGUUUCCAAUCAGUUUAUACCAAAAACAAAAAAAAGCAAAUAUAUAAAAAGUAUAUUUCAUGGCGGAGUUGCUGUGAGUGCCAUUAUUUCUAUUAUGCGGGCUAGUCAGUUGGUAAAAUAUCAGUAUUUAUAUCAGAAAGUACAGUUUUUGUUACUAUAUAUCACCCUGUACGUAAAUAAUAUUUAAACUUCCAUCAAUUGUGCGGUGUUGUCGUUUUUGAUUUGUGGCAACGUUGCAGUUGCCAUUUUUUACUUCAAACUCUAAUUUAUAUCAACGUUUGGAAAAUAUUUGGUAUUUUGCAAAUGACUAGCCGGUAUUUGUUACGUCCAAGUCUGUACGGCCGUUACCAAUGGUUGUGGUCCGUACAGGAUUGGUCGUAUACGAGGAAUUAUAAUAUUGUUAAAAAAUUUGGUUAUAACAUCGUUUUUUACUACAAGCAAGUUGGCAUUGGGUAAAAAUAGUGAUGGAAAUUUAUGUACCAAGUGUGCUUUAAUUUCUUAAAAAUAAAGACCGAUUUUUUUAC